AUUAGUUCCAACCCAGAGCUCACAAGACAAAGAAAAACUUUCUUGUCCGUUCCAAUCCACGGAUAAUUUUCCUGAGUGGAAACUUGCCUUAAGCCACCGAGCAUCAACACCAGUUUAUACUUUGUAGCAACAAAAAGAACCUUUACAGUCAGCGAUGGCUAACGAAAAUCCAGAGUAUGGUUACCCAUCUCCGGGGCCGCAGGAAAUUUCUGCAGGUGAUGUGAUGAAAAAGCUCUACUUUAUGUCCGACGAUGCGUGGGAGAACUGUCGCACAAACGGCAACUUCGAUUAUGUUGUCAUUGGCUCGUCGUUUUGUGCUUUGGCAUUCACUCAGCAAAUGCUGAAGAAAAAUCCCAAAGCUAAGAUCCUUAUCCUCGAGCGUGGACAGUAUUUUCUUCCUGAACACUUUCAAAACCUUCCACCAGCCUACUCGUUCGCUUUGUGCAGCACAUCUGAGACGUUCCACUGGAAGAUCACAGAGGCCACUCAUGAAGGCGAGUACAUUAAAUGGCAGCAUGGCGUGAACAACUUCUUUGGUGGUCGCUCAUUGUUUUGGAGUGGUUGGUGCCCUGAACCCACCAGAGAGGAGAUGGUAGAGUGGCCAGAGGGGGUAAUAAACGCAGUGCACGAGUACUUCCCGGCUGCCAAACAACUCCUGAAGGUCACCCCUGUAAAUAAGAUUUCAAACGAGGGAAGCCAAUCCAUAUUUGGGCAACUUCAAGAUGUUCUCGUCGAAAAGCUACAAUCAUGCCUUUCAAUGGACUCCAUUACAAGAGUUGAACAUGCUCCUCUUGCUGUCCAAGCCAAUAACUGCAGGUAUUAUAUAACAUUUAUACUAUAUUGAGUUGUUGCUACAGUACCGCUCACGUCUAUCUCAACAUCGUUUAUCGUCCGUCCGUCUAUCGUCCGUCCGUCUAUCAUCUGUUCGUCUAAAGCCGUCCGUCCGCAGUUUAACGUAGAUAGAAAACCUUAGUUUAAGCACGCUAACACGUCAACAAAUGCAGAUUUCCACCUGGGGCGUGUAUAGAAUAUCAAUGUACAGAAUUUGUAAAAAAAGUAACUAUUUACAGGGUGUCAAAUAAAUUUAUAGUAAAGAC